AUGUCGUCCUCUGAUGAUUCAGCGGUAAGCUGCACCGAUUCAGAGUAUGAGAUGGAGGCAGAAAGUGAUCUCGAUCGCGAAGCAUCGCCACCGACAAGCGAUGACGAAGCGACCGCAUUUGCAGAUGACCCACUAGCGGACGCAGAGUGGACAGCUCAAUACGAACAGGAAAUAGAGAAGGAAAAGGAGCUGGAGCAAGAGUUAAUUAAGAGAUUACAGGGCGCUACACAAGUCAGUCAAUGGUAAGCAUUUGUUUCUAUGAAUCUUAUUUCUAUAAGCUUACAUAUUUGUGCAGUAUCAAACGCAGCCUUGACUCAUCAAUUUGCUCUGUUUAUGUUCUGUAGGUGCAAGUGUGGAAACUGCAGUGUCCUUUUGUUACAAAACAUCAGUGAAUGUUAUUGCUGUAGUGAACUCGAGGGCUGCCUGGAAUCGACGAAGACCGACCUCGUCCUUCUAGAUAUCGGGGCCGACGUUACCCUAAAGUGCGUUACGCAGCACCCAGGAUUCAAUCCCGUUUGUCUCCAGAAAUGGAGUCUGAGGUUGGCUGCAGGGAAAUUCAAGACGAAAAGCAAACAACAGUACAGACAGAAAGGAAGUGAGGAAAGGUUAGUUAAUGAUAGAAUUCAAGGCUAAAUCAUUAUGUAAGCUUCGGCGUAGGUUCUCAAAAACGUCUCGACUUCUGAUCAGUGAAACAAAAAUCAGAAUAGUAAUAACUUUGUCUGGUUACCUUGCGUUUCGGUGAUUGGUUAGGGAAGUUAGCGUUGAUUGCAUUUUCGGUUGUCUAAAUAUACUGCAUAUAUAUAGUAUUGCCUUUUUCCUCUGGUGACUCCCCACCCAAAACAAACGAACAUUCUCAAAGUUAUAUAUAUAUGACUUUGUCCAAGUAUUUUUCAGUUAAAUCUCCUUGUGCGACUACCUUAGCUACCAUGAGCAAAAUCUGAUCACAAUACUUUGCUUUCUGCUGUCUCUUUCAGCUUCCUACGAAGUGUUUCAUAUCGUGAGUUUUCAAGACUUGUGUAUGGGAUCUUGGGAAACAGAAGGAUUCCCUUGCCAGCAUGUGCAUACACUGCCAUAAGGCAACAAUUUCCAGUCAGUAAAGAUGAACGUUUUACAGGAUUCGACCUUGAUGAGGAAGAAAACCUGGACCUUGACGAGGAAGAAACCUUGGCCAUGUAG